GCUCUGUGUCAUUUAUUGUCGUUUGUCAUAUUAUCGACAUAAUAAUAUGUAAUAUUAUUAAUAUUAUCGUCAGUAGCUGAUAGGUAUAAGAUAUUAUGUGAAGUGUGUACGCGAUUUCCAUUCAAUUUAUAUUGUUUACAAAAAAAAAAAAAAACACUAAAACACCGUGGCCGGUGCUAAGUUCAUACACGUACAACUAUGCACGGAAAACGAUGGAUAUCGUUGCCAACUUUCAUUUAUUGAUACGUAUACGGUAUACUGUAAACACAGUCAGUGGUUACUGGUUGUACACGCGCAAUAAAUUGUUAUUUUAAUUUUUUAUAUUUAUUCUAUAAUAUCAGGGGAUUACCAUUGUGAAGAGCCGACAAACGACAAUAACUGAAUAUUGGCGGUUCACCGUUCACCCUCCCGAAGAAAAUAUAACGGAAUACAAUUCGACAAUCGACGAGCUUUUCCACGCUUUGUUACUUAUUGCCUCCGACAUCGGAUUACAGUUCAUUUUUAGUACUCUCAGUUUGGCGGAUUUGGUCGUGUCAUUUUUAAUCGUAUUACCGCGAUACUGUUUAUUCCGUGAAAUGACUGGCGAUCACAAGAAAUCGAGUUUUGGCACAGCGCUGUUGAAUUUGCACAGCGGUUACACGGAUUCACUGCCGGGGAGAGAGAAGCACAUAGGAUGUUUAAAAUCGUUCCUAAAAAAACACCUUGAAGACCACUGCUCAGUUUCUAUGUAUAUAUCAGGACCGCCGGGCACUGGUAAAACAGUGUCGCUUCAAUCAUUGUUUGCCAGCAAUCUGGUUACUGACAACUUCACCACAGUGUAUGUCAACUGUAGUAUGAUUAAAUCAGCUAACCGUGUGUAUGCUAAAAUUGCUGAAACGUUAAAAAUCGGAUCAGGUACACAAAGGGAAUGCAUAUCAAUCAUUGAACAGUACUUGAAAACUAAACACAAAUCUAUUCUCAUGGUACUCGAUGAAAUCGAUCAACUGUCAUCUAAAAAUCAAUCGAUAUUGUAUCAAAUAUUUGAGUGGCCUAUCAUUCCUCAAUCAAAUAUGGUCGUUAUAGGUAUUGCAAACUCUUUGGAUCUUACUGAUCGAUUGUUGCCUAUGUUAAAGACUAAAGUUUCUUUACAACCAGAACUAUUGAAUUUUCCACCAUAUACUAAAACAGAGUUAGCUAAUAUUAUAUCUCAUAGAUUAGAAAAUGCAGGAGUGGCAGAACUAUUUCCUGUCAAUGCAAUUCAGCUUUUAUCUGCAAAAAUUGCUUCUUUUCGUGGUGAUAUACGUUAUGCAUUGGAUGUAACGAGAAGAGUUAUUGAAUUAGCAGAUGAAAAAAUUGACAAAAAAAUCGAAUUAAAUGACGUGAUAGCUGUGUUAAAUAAUGUUUAUUCCACAUCUGGUGCACUUGAUAAUAAUGAUGAAAAUUCUGAAAAAUUACCAUUACAGCAAGAAUUAGUGGUAUGCGCAUUGUUAUUAUUAUUGUCUUCUUCUAAAAAAAGUCAAGUAAUUACCAUAGGAAAAGUAUUUGAUGUGUUCAAAACUAUUUGUAAAAAACGCAACAUUCAAGUAAGGGAUCUGAGCGAAUUUAUAACCAUGUGUUCAUUACUAGAAACAAGAGGUAUAAUCAAGAUCUUAGGACAGAAUAUAAAUAGAUUAUCUAAAGUAUUGUUACUUUGGGAUAAAAAUGAGAUUGAUGAUGUACUACAUGAUAAACAGCUUUUGGUCGACGUCUUAAAUGAUAAAUCACUAUUAAUUUAAUUUUUUCUAAAUCAAAGUACCUGUCUUUUUUCUUUUUUUCUAACUUAAAACAUUUGUAGCAGUUAUUUAAACUGUUUUUACAUUUAUAAUAAAGCAUUACCUAUAGAAAAUGCAUUAUUUUUAUUUAAUUUUAGUUAAUAUAUUAUUUAGGAAAUUUUGUUUUGUACCAUCAUUGUUCACUCGAUUUUUAAACAUCUUAGAAUAAUUGUAUUUUUUAAAAAAAAUAAAAUCUUGUUUAUUAUUUA